AUGGUUCUCGAGGACAGCGAGUGUGACUCUGUUUUUGAGCCUCUAAUCACUGACGAUUAUGUGGAAACUCAGUAUGGAAAAAUCCACUGUGUCUUUGCUGGGACGCCAAGGACAAACCGUCCCAUCAUCUUGACCUACCAUGAUGUUGGACUCAACCACAAGUCCUGUUUUGAUUCCCUCUUUAAUCAUGAGGAUAUGAGAGAGAUCCUCAGACACUUUCCUGUUUGUCAUGUUGAAGCACCAGGACAACACGAGGAGGCCAAAACUCUUCCUGCCUCAUACGUCUACCCAACAAUGGAUCAGUUGUCUGAAACCCUGCCCACUGUCCUCAAACACUUUGGAUUACGCAGUGUCAUUGGACUUGGAGUGGGAGCAGGAGCCUAUAUCUUGGCUAAAUUUGCUCUGAACCACCCCGAUUUGGUUGAUGGACUUGUCCUGAUCAACAUUAACCCACAUGCAGAAGGUUUAAUGGACACCAUGGCGACCAAGCUCACUGAAUGGACCCAAACCCUCCCUGACACAAUCAUUGCACACAUAUUUGGAAAAGAGGAGAUUCAGACAAACCUAGACCUCAUAGCUACCUAUCGUCACCACAUCACAACAAAUAUGAACCAGUCCAACAUCAGUCAGUUCCUACGUUCCUAUAACAACAGACCGGCUCUGGAGGUGGAGAGGCCUGUGCCUGGAGGAAACGUAACUGUUCGCACACUGAAGUGCUCCACUCUACUGGUUGUAGGAGAUUAUUCCCCUGCAGUGGACCCUGUGGUCGACUGCAACUCAAAACUGAAUCCCACAAAGACCACACUACUCAAGAUGGCAGACUGUGGAGGACUUCCCCAAGUAGAUCAGCCAGCAAAAGUCAUUGAAGCCUUCAAGUAUUUUAUCCAGGGCCUGGGAUAUUUGUCCAGUGCCAGCAUGACCAGACUUCGGUCCAGGACAAACUCCAGCACCUCUUCUUAUGAUGGCUCCCGGAGUCGUUCACACACCAACGAUUCUCUGCGUGGCAGACUGCCCUCUACUGGCACAGACAAGAACAAAAAACAUCAGAAUGAUAUUGCUAUGGAGAGUAUUAAUGGAAAUAUGGAUCAUCGAAUCACAAAAUCCACACAAGUGGCAUGCUGAGGUCAAAUAUAGUAAUUUAGCUAUAUUAAACAUACCAUGUCUAUCUAUUAUUGUAUCUAUAUCUACAUCAUUGUUAAAAUUUACCAUAUUUACCAAACCCUUUAAUGUUGAUUGAGAC